CAGAGCGCCAGGCUGCGCUGCGAGAGAGACGCGCGCCCGAGGCAGCGGAGGAGCACCGCAGCAGCGGAGCACGAAACGGUAACACACACACCACCGCAGUUACGCCGUCGGGGCAGCCCAAAGGCAAAGCAUGCCCCCCAAGCCCACCAAGGCCGACCUCCUCCACGAGCCCGUCCCCGCCAACCCGCCGGCGCGCCCCCCUCCGUUUGGUACCUUCGACGACUUGAAGGACGAGGAGCUUUAUUAUCAUCGGAGCCGGGAGGACGACGUGGACCAGGAACUAAGAAAUGCCGAGUACAGGCACGCGAAAGCGGUCUACGAGGGCGAAAGAAGAGAUGGCGACGGCCAGGUCCGCGUCGCGGAUGAUGGGUUUGGGAGCUUCGUCAAGUUUAGGAGUCUGCAUGUUUAUGGAGCACCAUCAAAGCAUACUGCAGAAGAGGCUAGGGAGAGUCAUGAACAACGUCUGCAGAACCGGCGGAACAAUGCAGGAUCGAGGGCCUACCCGGGGCCUGUGGGGAGGACCAAGCCUCCCUUCAGGAUCAAGCGCGUGCCGGCGCAGGACCAGUGCGUGUCGCCGGACAUGCGGUCGAUCAUGCACAUCCCUCCCAGAAAGUGCGGCAUCAAAAAGGAGGAGCAGCCCGAACCAAGGCGGCCGACGCCGCCCCACGACAUGCGCCGCACGAUCCCGCCCUACGGCGAGAUGUUCCGCGAGGCCUUCUACCUGAAAGGCAGCAACCACGACGCGUACGGCCACGAGCGGUUCUCGCACGAUACCCAUAGGAGGACCUUCGCGCACUACGACCGCGUCACGCGCACGACGCAGCCGCGGCGGCGCGACCUGCGGUUCGGCGCGAACACGUGGAACAAGCUCAAGGGGCUCGGGUAAGGUGUUUUCUUGGAGUCGCGGCGAUGGCGUCCGAGUCUAGGUGGG